AUGCCCGUAACUAAUCGAGGUGUAACACAACUUACACCUGACACCACCACCUCAAGGUCAACUCAGAGCAACUACUUGAACAAGUCGUCUUCCUCCUUUCAGAUUCUUCAAGCUGGCCUCGCAAUCUUUGCUGUUGCUGUUAUCGCACGCUUUUGCGUUUUGCGACUCUACCUAUGGUUGCGACAGAUGCGCGGCUUGGAUCAGCAUACCCUACCCAUCUCAUCGUUGUCGCAUACUCGACGGCUUCAGUCGCAACCCUUUUGGGCUAUGAAUGAGAAGACUAUGACGCCGCCUGCUAACCAGGAGGAUAUGGCCCCUGAGGAUAUGUUGCACGCCAAGCAAGAAGACAAGAAACUGGUCAUCGACCCCAACUGGCAGAGUACAGACAAUCUCAUGUCCAGGCAUGUCAUGUCGCGACCACCUCCUGCACCACCUCUGACGCCGCCUGAGCUGAGCACUGCCGUCUUCACUUUUGAUGACCGCCCACGACCAGGCGAGGACAGUUUUAUUCGUCAGCCUAACCCCGAUUACAUGUCGUCGACAGCCAACGCUGUUCUGCCUGACAACCCACCCUCAACAUCGGUCACCCGCCGGCGCUCUUACAACAAGACUCUCCCUAUCGGAGUUCCCGUGUCUCAGCCAUCCCAAAGGAUGUCGGAUACUGCCGAUCUGACUUUUUCGCCCAGUUCCUAUCCACCUGCAAGCCCGUUGCUUCCACCGGCCCCACCCAACGCAGGAACCGUGGAGAUCGGCGUCCAGGGCGAGAUCAUUGGUGUUCUGGACUCCGAAGGCGCCGGAUGGACGAGACAUACGCGUGUCUAUGGCGGCGGAGUCUGCCUUGCAUGUGCGGCCUCCGGUGGCAAUCACGGGGGCGGUUUCUACGGAGCAACAGUCCGGCCUGAGGAGAUGCGAUGA